GCGGGCUCGGGGCCGAUGGAGGCGGCGCGGAGGUCGCGGCUGAGCCUGAGCCGCCGGAGGCCGCCCUCGGGGGUCGGGUCCCCGAGCAACCCCCCCGGAUCCCCUCCGGACGGCGGCGAGUGUGCGCGGCCGUGGGCUGAGGUGCUGCGCGCCGCGAGUGCGGACCUGAACGUGGACGGCGAGCCGCCGCCGCUGCCCGCGUUUCCCGGCCAGGAGCCCAGGCGCAGCCCUGAGCGGGCGCCCCCGGAAAGCUUCACCGUGGGAACCGAGACCUUCUCCUGGACGCCCUUCCCGCCGGCCCCGCGGCGAGGCGGGGACCCGAGCCACUCCGACCGGGUGCUCCGCGAGGCCCUGGGGCGCACGGGGUCCUCCGCCUGGUCCCCCCAACGACACUCCGCGCCCGAGCCCCGCGGGACCUCCAGCGCCGAGGAGCAGCCGUCCGUGGAGGGGUCGCCGACACUGCAGAGCUGCCCCAUGUGCCAGGCCGACUUCGCCCCCAGGCUGACCCAGCUGGACGUUGACAGCCACCUGGCCCGGUGCCUGGCGGAGAGCGCGGACGACGCGGUGUGGUGAGCAGCGAGGCCCACGCUUCCCCUCCACCGGCUGGGCCGCCUCCCCUCUGCUCUGCACCCCCAAAGCUGUAUAUUAAAGCGCGUCAGUGGGA